AUGUCAAUUUUAUUUCGACGAUUUCCCCUCAUGCUAGUUCUCAUUCAUACGUUAAUUCUCUCGUAUCUUGGCUUCGCAAAAGACGUGAAUAUACACGUCUGGGAUAAAUUGUUGCAUUUUUUUGGGUUUGCUAUAUUGACGUUUCUUGUACAUUUUGUGUUAGAUUGUGAAGAUGAGAAGCUAGAUGAUAAUGACAAUUUUUGGACGUGGAUAAAGAGGAUCUUAAUGAGUGCUGUUGGUUUUUGGUCGAGAAAAAAAAAUUAUGUUAAUAAUGAAGUUAUGGUUAACGAGAAUCAGACUGAGAAUGUAUUUCGGAUUCAAGUCGAGGAAGAAGUUAUCGAUAGUCUAAGCGAUAUUAACCUUAACGAAAUUAAUCAAAAUACAAAUAUUGAAAACGAAAAUAGAUGGAAAAAAUAUAAUAUCUAUUUGACAAUCGGUGUAAUGGUCUUCCUGUCAAUAUUCAGCGAGGUUGUUCAAGGAAUGUUGCCGUAUAGAGAAUUCGAUUUGUACGAUAUUUUGGCAAAUUUACUCGGUCUCAUUUUUGGUCUAUUGGCAGCCAUUCUCUGUGAAUCGCUAUAUAACUAUUAUUUGAGAAAGAAAAGUUCAGAAACUCACUCACUAUUACAUACUAGCAAUAGGAAUAGCUUAGUGUUAGAUUCUGUUGUUAAUUUACCAUUGAAUCAUGAUUAUUAUAUCGAAGUAUAA